CGAGGAACGAGAGCGUGUGUAGUGUGUGACAAGCCCUUGAUAUCUAGGCUCGCCCUAUCGAUCUCGCUUCUCUGUUUUCUCCUCAGUCGUACAUCCGUAUUGACAGGCAUUGAUUGGCUUUUUUUUCGCAGGCAGGGAUCCAUUUCGAUCGCAGAAUGAAACAAUUCCCCUCCAAACAGAAACAGUUUUGGAGUUCAUUCCUCUUCGAUCCCAUGUCACAUCUUUCCCUUAGGCCUAACGUUAGGCCCAAUAUCGUACCGUAGAGCAUAACCCCAUCAGGUAGUGAGCGUAAAAAAAGCAUCCCAACCCAAAAAAAUUAUCCUGUCACCUGACAAUGCGAUGGAGGAAACGAACAAUGGAUCCACUGCGAGGUAUCAUUUAAGAUGGAACAACCAUCCCUGCCACGUUCUGUCAGUUUUUGAGUCACUCUUGAAUUCCGAGAGCCUGGUUGAUGUGUCUCUUGUUGGAGAUGGCUGCACCAUUAAGGCACACAAGGUUGUCCUUUCAGCCUGCAGUCCCUACUUUGCACGGAUCUUUUCGGAGCACCUGUGUCGCCACCCAGUUGUGAUUCUGAAGGACUUCCCAAAAUGGCAACUUCAAGCAUUGGUGGACUUCAUGUAUCGAGGGGAAGUGAGCGUAGAGGAAGACCAGCUUCCAUCACUGAUGAAAGCUGCUGAUGCACUCAAAAUUCAAGGUUUGACAGAAUGCCGUAAUGAGAAUGAGGCUGAGGAGAAGGGUUUUAGCAAAGAUGUAGGGGAUACACCAGCAGUAGACCUAUCGUCUCCUUCACCCCCUCUCCCAUUAAUGAAAGAGGAGGAAAAGACUUCACCUCUGGGAAACCUUGAUUUUCCACAAAAUGCUCCUUCUCCCUCUCCCAGACGGAAACAGGCACGUCCACAACGAAGACAUGAAGAACAUAGCCUGAAUCUGACAUCGGGUGACUCAGGUGAUGAUUCCCAUGAUGAAUCCCUCUCCAGCUUCUUCCUCUCUCAAUGGUGUGGGAAAAAUGAGGAAGGAGGGCCAGGAGAGGUGGAGGAAUCCUCCGGGACUGGUAAUGGCUGGGCAACAACAGACCCAUUGACUCGCUUUCCAGUGUCUAUUUCCCCCAUACCGUUAAGAAAGACCUGGCUGACCACUUUCAUUUGUGUAGCUGGUGGAACGGGUCCUCCAAUGUUCAGUGCCCCACGUGGUGGCCCUCCUCGCCACUGGUCCAACGAAAACCUUACUGAAGCACUGAGACACGUAUGGAGUGGACGGAUGAAGACAGCACAGGCAUCUCGCGUUUUUGGUAUCCCCUACAACAGCCUCUUGAUGUAUGUGAGGGGGAAAUAUGGGAAGACACUGAAGCUGGACCUGGCACGGAAAGGCGAGAUCCCACCCCAUCUUGCUUCACAUCCAUUCCACCUUCGCACCCCAAAUAUGAACCACCUGUUUCCAUCAGGUCCCCCAUUUCGGGGGCUCCUCACCCGCCCACCGCUCUUCCCCCAGCUCCCACAACUGCUCGGAAUCAAAACAGCAUCUUCGUCCAAUGGCCUUGAGUGCCCACUGGAUUUGAAGAUGGAAGAAGGACGGUCAAUGGACUUUGAGGACUACCAUUAG